AUGUUAGUUGUUGAAUGUAUUUUUUAUCCCGAUGAAUUUAUUCUACGAAAUAAGAUUGAUUAUAAAACAAUCUAUUUAUCGAAAUAUUACAAUCCAUUACGAUUAAAACAAGUGAUAUUUUAUGAAAAUAAACAAAGUUUUACAUACAUUAUUGACAGUUAUAAUCAAGAAUGUUCAAAUUAUGUCCAAGACACAACUAUGGAUCAAUUUUUAUGUAAUGCUGUUCGCACUACAACUAUUGAAGAAGAUCGAUUAUUGAAAGAUCUCUUUCAUGGUCUAAGAUAUUUGGAUAUUGGUGAACAAUUAAUUCGAACAAAAUCUAUCUAUGAUUUCAAACGAGUAUCGCAUAUACUAUUCGAAAUCAAAGAGAUCUUUAUUAAUAAUGAGAAAAAUUUCGAUUUUGUUAUUGAUUAUAUUCAAAGCAAAAAUGAUGAAUAUAAAACAAUUAUCAAUGAACUUGUACCAACGAAUACUAUUAAUGGAACAUUUCGAGUUCAUGUUACUCUUGACAAAAAUAAUAUCGAACAAUUUUUAAAUAUUUGUCAAGAAAAUGCAUUAGAACCUAAUUUAGAUAAUGAUCAAGUAUUAAUAGCAUCAUUUGAUUAUGUUGGAAUAUAUCCGAAUAUCCUUGCAGAAAUUAAAACAUUUGUUGAUUUGCAAUUCAAAGAUUUUAAUAUUAAAAUGUUAAAAAUUGAAACAUCAUCAUCGAAUAAUGGUGUGCCGAAAAGUGAUAUUGAUAAAAUAUUAUUUUGGAAUCCAAAAUCAAAUUAUUUUGAAUUUCAUUACAAAAUACCUCAUCGAUCAAAAAUGGAAUUUGAAAGAUUAAAACAAUUUUGUUUUUUUCAUGAUCUUCAUUUAGCACGGAAGGUAUUAACGGAGACACCACAUCAUAAAAAGUAUUAUACUGUUACAAUGAGAUUGUUUAAUGUUGGCAGAAUUAAUGCAUUCAGUGAAAAUAACCGCACUGCUCAAAAUUUGAGGUAUUAUUAUGAUGUACUGUUGGAAAAUGAAAGCACAUUUGUAGUUUAUGAUUCAAAUAUUGAACUCGAAAAUCAAUCGAAUCUUGUGACAUUGACAUCAUCAAAAACACAGUCAACUGCUAUCAUGACUGGUCCCAGAUAUCUCAUUAGUUUUAAAAAUCGAAAAGCAUUUGGUCGAUCUACUGAUUGGUAA